AUGUCUUCCACCCUCACCUUCACCCAGGGCUUCUUUCUGGGACAGCUGACAAUCGUUCUACUGAUCGGAGCCUUCAUAAAGUUCUUCAUAUUUGCGCCACAGACGCCGUCGGCUCAUUCUUCCAAUGCGCCCUCGCCGCCUACCCUCCAUCCACCGAGGCACACUGCAACCCACCACCGAGCGCCCUCCCUACAUAGCCAUUCCUCAUCGAAAUCACCCCAUCCAACGCUGCAACAUAAGGCCUCCUCCCAUAUUCUCCGCCCCGCUGCGGCAACCGCCACAAGCCCACAAUCCAUCCUGCGGAAGACAUACUACUCCCCACAUCCUUCCAACGCCCACAGCACGCAUCAGCCUGAAUCGCUCGACUGGUUCAAUGUACUCAUCGCCCAGACAAUCGCCCAGUACCGCGUCACUGCCUCCUCUCUGUUCAACCCAAAUGGCACCCCCACCGUUCUCGCCUCCCUCGAAGCGACCCUCAAUGACCCUUCCAAAAGACCUUCGUUCAUAUCACCUAUCAAGAUCACAGAAAUUUCCAUGGGCGAGGAGUACCCCAUCUUCAGCAACGUCCGCAUCAUAUCCUCGCCACCUUCCUUGUCCGACCCGCAAGGCGGCCGUCUUCAAGCUCUUGUCGACGUAGACGUAUCCGACGACAACCUCACGUUAGCGAUUGAAACUUCGCUACUUCUGAACUAUCCUAAAGCCUUGUCCGCGAAACUCCCUGUAGCUUUAUCGGUCUCUGUUGUCCGUUUCUCCGGGACUCUUUCCAUCAGCUUUGUGCCAGCUACCGAAGAAGCCACCAGUGAAGAGCCUCCUGCUCAGCCAACCGGCAAGCCAAAGACGAACCUUGCGUUCUCUUUCCUCCCGGAUUAUCGACUUGAUUUGUCAGUACGCAGCCUGAUCGGGUCGCGUUCGCGGCUGCAGGAUAUUCCCAAAAUUGCCCAGCUGGUGGAGGCGCGCGCGCAGGCGUGGUUUGAGGAGCGUGUGGUGGAACCUCGUGUGCAAGUUGUACCGCUCCCAGGAAUGUGGCCACGCAUGGGCAAGGUGAGGGUCAGAGAGGGGCACGAGGACGAGACGGCCAGUGGAAGUGGGGAUGGGCGACCAAGCAGCAGCGCGGGCCAGAGCGGCAUGGCCACUGGCAAGGACAGAAGAAGAAGCGGGCUAGACAGCUUCCCGAGUCAGGAGGAAGCGGAAAUGAUCUUCGAGGGCCUGAGGAGGAGGGGAGGCAAUCAAGGAGCAGAAAGGUCUCCAUACAUGAGGCCCACGAGGGACCGAAGCAACAGUCAGGUCAUCAUGGCUGAAGAGGAUGGCCCGGGGCCAGGUCUCAGGAUGCCAGGGUCACUGCCUUCUUGA